AUGAAUAUUGUGGUGGUUAACACAUGUGAAAGCUGGUGCGCUUUCACCACCUUCACCUUCCUGGACUUGAAUGCACCAGUUCAAGACCAGGAAGCCUCAAAUGCAUUAUCAGUCAUCCAACCAGUCAUAGGGUCCCUCUCAGGGAAGGUAAAUCUUCCCUGCUACUUUUCCACAAUCCCAACCUCAGCACCAGUCAUCAGCCCCAGUGGAACAGUCGUUUACAACAAGGAUUACUUGCGGAUCAAAUGGAGCAAAAUACAGGGACGAACAGAGUCCACGGUGCUGGUGGCACAAAAUGGGAUCAUCAAGAUAGGCUCAAGCUACAGGAACCGUGUGUCAGUACCCAGCCAUCCUGAAGUUGUCGGCGACGCCUCGCUCACAAUUGUGAAGCUGCUUGCCAGUGACGCUGGCACUUAUCGUUGCGAGGUCAUGUUCGGGAUUGAAGACACCCAGGAUACUGUUAACCUCGAUGUCAGCGGUGUUGUCUUUCACUACCGAUCAAGCAUCAGCAGGUACACUUUGGACUACCAGAAAGCUGUACAAACUUGUGAAAACAUUGGAGCAAACAUUGCUACCUAUGAGCAACUGAAAGCAGCCUAUGAGGACGGCUUUGAUCAAUGCGAUGCCGGUUGGAUUGCUGACCAGACAGUGAGAUACCCAAUUACAAAGCCAAGAGAGGGCUGUCAAGGCAACCUUCCCAAUAAACCUGGUGUCAGGUCGUAUGGAACCAGAAAACCUACAGAGACCUACGAUGUGUACUGUUAUGUAGGCAAACUGGAUGGUGAAGUCUUUUAUGCUCCCGUGACCCAUAAGAUGACUUUUGAAGAAGCCAGUGAAGAGUGUAAAAAGAGGAAAGCUGUCCUGGCAAGUCCCGGACAGCUGCAUGCUGCUUGGCGACAGGGGCUGGACAGAUGUGACUACGGCUGGCUCUCCGAUGGCAGCGUACGGCAUCCUGUCGCAGUCCCCAGAACUAAGUGUGGCGGAGGCCAACUCGGCGUGAGGACCAUGUAUCGCUACAGAAAUCAGACUGGCUUCCCAGAACCAACUAGAAAGUUUGGGGCUUACUGCUUUAAAGGUAAAAGCUCACUCCAAGAUUCCUGUUGUUACUCCUUAUUGCAUUUGGAGUUUGUCAUGGAACAAAGAAGGAGAGUGGUAUUCAGCCAGACUUCCUUUGUGGAUGUAUCUGUGGUAGAAAUGACCACCAACGCCAUCAGUCCUAGUACCUCCAUCCCUUUACUGGAGAGUAGCACCAUUCUGACAACCACAACAUCUGAAAAAACAUCAGAGGCAGACGUUUCUCCAGAUUCUUCUCCAGAUCCUCCAUCUAUGUUCUCAACCAGCAUGGCUCCACCUCGCCCCACCCCAGCAGGCCAUGAGGAAGAGUUAAUCACAACAGUUGCACCCACUAUCAAAGACGACCAUGAGGACGAUGAUGAUGUAACAGCUGCGCCAGAUUCUCGCACUGAUGAUCAAAAUGUAACCUUUGUGGAAACUGCUGCUGCCCAUGGUGGCACAGCCACAGAAACUAAGAUCACGGUGGAAAGCACUGAUGCCACGGUGUCUGCUGAUGAGUCAGAUGAUCAAUCAGUAAUUCAGGUCAGCACGAUUCAGCCUGACGUCCCUAUACCAGAUGCUUCUCUCCGCAACGAGCUCAUGUUUGCUGAAGGGGAGACAGAGGAAACUGUCAUAGAUCCUAGGAAUAUCACAUCGAUCUCUGAUCUCACUGACACUCCAACCAAAUCAUCUGAAGUUAGCCAUGAGGAAAUGCUUAGCUCCUCACAAUUAACACCAUCACCUUCAAUCAGUGAUAUAGCAACAGACUAUAAUUUGAGCUACGAUGACGUUGAUCCUAUAAUAGGUUUAGAGGGUCAGCCACCUACUAGGCCAUCCCAACCAGAUGGCUCAGCCAGCCCUUCAGACACCAAUAGAAUUGAUGAUACAAUCACAGCCAUUCCACCUUUAAAUAACACCCAUCAUGUCAGUGAGGCGAAGGUAACCACCACAGUGACACCAAAUACUGCCAGCAGUGCGACACAAACUCCGCCUAAAGCACAGGAUGUUGAGACACCACCAACAUCUGACGUUUCACCAGGCACAAUCAUCCUGAUCGACAGUGAAAUGUUAACUGAGGAAGUGAAAUCUUCAGCAGCUGUCCAUGUCUUUGAUGAGUCUUCCACUCAGGUGACAGAGCGCAUUGGUGGCACCUUGAUGGAGGACGAAACAGCAGCAGAGUUUGGUACAGAGUUCUUUAUAUCUGCUCCAACGACUUCAACGGUGGCCAGUACAACAGCCCAUCCAGCUGCAGUGGUCACAGAUAACCAGACCACCACUACGCAGAUUCAGAAUGCAUCAGCUAACCAGGCUUCAGAGUCACAGGAUGCUCAGUCUCUUGCCACACCAGUUUUGCUCGACCAUCCCACUCCCUCUGUAGCUGUUGGUGAGCCAAUCAUACAAAGCAGAGACCCAGACCGUUUCCCGCAAGCUGCUAUAACCAUCACCCCAGCUAUCAGCUUUAUUAAUGGUAAACAAGAGAUCACACUGGAGCCUCAAAGCGUGGAAGAAAAAGAGGCCAAAGAUUAUGAAGCACUAAAUCCUUAUGUGGUGGCAGCAGAUCCCCUGUACAACCAAACACUAGAAAACGAUACAGUGUUAAUUUCUACACCACCUUCUGUUGCUCAAACACCUGACUCAAAGGUAAUAGCAGAAGCUAUCAUGGUUACGGCAUCAACCACGAUCAGUGGAACAUCAGUCUCUACCUUCCAAGAAGACAGCAUGACUACAGCAAGUGUUGUUAAGCUGGGUGAUGAUGAGGUUCAGAAUGUCACCUCUGAGCUCUUAUCGCCAACAUCUAAGUCACCUUCUGUCCCUAAUGAUAAGGCUGAAAGUGGCUCUGUAAGUUCUGGGAUUUCAUCCCCCAGCUUUGAUGAUGUAUCUGAUGAACUGAUGACUACAAAGGCACCAAAGAUCAUCAGUAUAGAACAGGCUCUAUCUCCAGAUGAAAUCAAGAAAGUAUUUAAGGUAAAUGCUACAGAAGCUUCAAAGAAGGAAGGUGUUGAUGUCACGUUUGGGAAAGGUGACAUAGGUGUCUCUCCUUACACUGAAAUACCAACCAGCACUCAAUUCAAGACAGUAUCACCAGCCCAGGUGCAAAAUCAGCUCGGUGCAAUUGCAUCAACCGCACCAUCAACCUUUUCUGAACAAGACCAGAAACAGGACAGUGACAUGACUGCACCACCAUCAGUUAUUGAAGGAAAACCACCAAUAAAAGAGGAGGAAACAACCACACCGCCUAAUAGAGGAUUUGAUCUGGGACACACUGUUGUUGGCGAGACUAUGGAGAUUUCUGGAAUUGACUCAUGCACAGAGGAUGUUUGUCUAAAUGGAGGCUCUUGCUUGAGGAUUGGCAGCACCUAUACCUGUCACUGUGCUCCUGGUUUCAGUGGUCAUCAAUGUGAAAUAGAUAUUGAUGAGUGUGAAUCAAACCCUUGCCGCAAUGGAGGCACGUGUGUCGAUGGCUUGGCUUCUUUCACAUGUGUGUGUCUCCCAAGCUAUGCUGGGCUGUUUUGUGAAGAGGAUACAGAAACAUGUGACUACGGCUGGCAUAAGUUUCAAGGCCACUGCUACAAGUACUUCCCUCAGAGGAAAAACUGGGACACAGCGGAGAGAGAGUGCCGCAUCAAUGGGGCUCAUCUCACAAGCAUCCUGUCCCACGAGGAGCAACAAUAUGUCAACCGUCUUGGACAGGACUACCAGUGGAUCGGCCUGAAUGAUAAGAUGUAUGACAACGACUUCCGCUGGACCGAUGGUCGUCCUAUGCAAUAUGAAAACUGGAGGCCCAACCAGCCUGACAGCUUCUUCUCUACUGGCGAGGACUGUGUGGUGAUGAUAUGGCAUGAGGAUGGUCAGUGGAAUGAUGUUCCUUGCAACUACCACCUCACUUUCACCUGCAAGAAGGGCACAGUGGCCUGUAGUCAGCCUCCUGUGGUAGAGAAUGCACGUUUCUUUGGGACAACACGUGAACGGUAUGAGAUCAACUCGCUGGUGAGGUACCAGUGCCGUACAGGCUUUAUUCAGAGACAUGUCCCAACUAUCCGUUGUCGUGGGAAUGGACGAUGGGAUAUCCCUAAAAUCAGCUGCAUGAACCCCUCAAGCUAUCAGAGGACCUUUAUCAGAAGGCAUCAGCACAAUAGUCUCUACAGCAUCCACAACUUCAAGAACUGGCAAGAUGAGUCCUUCCACUUUCGUCAUCAGCGCUACCGAGGAAGGAGACACAAAAUAGAACAUAAGCGGAAGACGCAGUGA